AUGGGCCGCUACGGGCUCCUCCGCGACGACGCCCCCGGGGGCUGCCUGCCGCUGCCGAUAAUCGCAGCCGAGACCGCGCUCGCUGCCAUCGACGCCGCCAUUGCUGCCGCCGCCUUCGUGCAGUUGGCAAGAAUUCACAGGCACAACCAGCAACAUGGUUGGACACGGCAAAAGAUAUUUCAUUUAAUGAUUGGCCUAUGCAACACAGUAUUCCUUGCGUAUUUCAUAUCUACCAUCAUCGCUACUUGUCAGAGAUGGGUUUGUUGGGUACAUGGAUGUGGAUUUGUUCUUAUGGCUAGUCCACAGAUAUUGCUUCUCGCUUCUUUUCUACUAUUGCUGUCAUUCUGGGUUGACCUGUGCCAUCAGACAAAUGAUGAAGAUGACGAUGAUGUAAGGAGUCACAAUGAAGCUUUACUAGACAAAACAAAAACAAAACCUGGCACUCGUCCUACUGAUACUCGUCGGAAGUGUUUCUCAGGGAUACAGCUUGGAAGCCGGCAAAAAUUUGUGAUAUUGGUGCUUGUCCUGUCAUUUGCUGUCAUGCUCACCUUUGCCAUCCUCAUAUGGCUUGGCAGGGGAGAAAAUCCGAUUGAUUCAUCAGUACUGAAAAAGGUUUAUUUGGAUGUAUUUUCAGUAGUUGUUCUAGUACUUGGCGGUGCUUUGGCAUGUUAUGGUGCAUUGUUAUUCUCGAAGAUGAGCAAAGUACGUUCUGAAACUGUGUCAACCGAGAAAUGGAAGGUUGCCAGUUUAGCUGCUGUCUCCCUGAUUUGUUUCUCAUCUUCUGCUAUACUAGCACUUGUAACUAAUGUUCCUGUGCUUUUGUAUUGGUACUCGACAGAUGCGGACAUCAUCAACAAUGCUGUUAUACUAUUUUUAUAUUAUUUAAUAGGCUCUUCGGUGCCAUCAGGAUUUGUUUUAUGGGUCAUGAGAGAUAUGCCACAACGGCCGAUAGUAGAAAGGCCUACCCAAUCAAGAGUGGUUACUUUGUUCAGGGACAGACCGCCCACUACACAGGAUCCACAGUGGAGAACUGCUGUUACAUCCUCUAACAAGGCCCUCAAGUCAAGCCCAAUCUAACCAGAAGACAAAUGAUCGAUAUAGAAACUUUUUGGUCUGCUUAAUGUGCUGGGACUUUUACCAACACAUCAGUGACACGCUGGCAUCUACUAGCUUUCUGACGAUUGGCCAGCACAGGAUGGAUCUGUAAUUCCUACUAGAAGGUAGCUUUAAUGAUGGAAAGAAUGGAAUUACCUGCGGAUGUAGCAAGGUUCUCACCCAUGUAUUGUGCAUUAUGUAUUUAUCCAUUAGAACAUAGUUUGUUAAAGGUUUGAAGCAGCAAGAAAUGUAAAUAGCCAUAGAAAUGACCUUUUUCAUUGUUUGGCAGCCAAACUGUCAUCUCCUUUCAGAUUUUCUGUUUAAUGAUAUGUUUGUUGGUUCCUUUAGUAGGUGAGCUUUGUCCUUAA